CCCAAGACUACACAGCUGUAGGACCCAAGGAGGUGAGAUCAGACUCUUUGCUCCGUGCUGGGUUCAGCAAAACCUCCAGGAGCCUUCCAUCCCAUCUCCCAUGAUCUCGAGUCUCGGGAGCGAGAAACAAGACUUUUCCCCAAUGAAGAGAACUCUCCUGCUCCUGGUGGGGGUUUAUCUGCUGUCCUUCAGCAGGGCAGAAGAGGGGCUGAACUUCCCCACGUACGAUGGGAAGGACCGAGUGGUCAGCCUUUCCGAGAAGAGCUUCAAGCAGAUGUUGAAGAAGUACGAGGUGUUGUGCCUCUAUUACCACGAGCCGGUAUCGUCAGACAAGGUGGCACAGAAGCAGUUCCAGCUGAAGGAGAUAGUCCUGGAGCUCGUGGCCCAGGUUCUGGAACAUAAAAACAUAGGCUUUGUGAUGGUGGAUGCCAAGAAAGAAGCCAAGCUUGCCAAGAGACUGGGUCUCAAUGAAGAAGGAAGCCUGUACGUUCUGAAGGGCGAUCGCACGAUUGAGUUUGAUGGGGAGUUCGCUGCGGACGUCCUAGUGGAAUUUCUUUUGGAUCUCAUCGAAGACCCAGUGGAGAUCGUGAACAACAAGCUGGAAGUCCAGGCCUUCGAGCGCAUCGAGGACCAGAUCAAGCUCCUCGGCUUUUUCAAGAAUGAGGACUCCGAAUACUACAAAGCCUUCCAAGAGGCAGCCGAACACUUCCAGCCUUACAUCAAGUUCUUUGCCACCUUUGACAAGGGGGUGGCAAAGAAGUUGUCCUUGAAGAUGAAUGAAGUUGGCUUCUACGAGCCAUUCAUGGAUGAGCUCAUUGUCAUCCCUAACAAACCUUACACCGAAGAGGAGAUUGUAGAGUUUGUGACAGAGCAUCAAAGACCCACCCUACGUCGCUUGCGCCCGGAGGACAUGUUUGAAACCUGGGAAGAUGACUUGAACGGGAUCCACAUCGUGGCCUUUGCAGAGAGGAGUGACCCAGAUGGCUAUGAGUUCCUGGAGAUCCUGAAACAGGUUGCCCGGGACAACACUGACAACCCUGACUUGAGCAUCUUGUGGAUUGACCCAGAUGACUUCCCACUGCUUGUCGCUUACUGGGAGAAGACUUUCAAAAUUGACUUGUUCAAGCCACAGAUCGGGGUGGUGAAUGUAACAGAUGCUGACAGUGUCUGGAUGGAGAUCCCAGACGAUGACGACCUGCCCACAGCUGAGGAGCUGGAAGACUGGAUCGAGGAUGUGCUUUCUGGAAAGAUCAACACUGAAGAUGAUGACAUUGAAGAGGAAGAUGAUGAUGGUGAUAACGACAAUGAUGACGACGAUGAUGAUGAUGAUGAUAAUUCUGAUGAUGAGGAUAACAAUGACAGCGAUGAUGACGAUGAUGAAUAGCUCCAGACCUGAGUGCAUCUGAUGAGAACGACAUCACAACUACUCCCUACCGUACAGACAACCCAAGGGGUCAGCAAGCAGCGGUGCCCACACCCAGCCAGUUCUUUUCCUUUCUCCAGCAUCUUUUUCUAGUUGGUUCUUGGCAGAAGUGGUACAUUUCAGUGAACGCCUUCCCAAACCCAGAAG